AUGACGCCCCAGAUCUUACACUUGCCCGAUGGCAAAAAGUUCACCGUCGCCCCCGUCUUUGGCGGCCUGGGAUUCCGCAGCCAUAAUCACCAUAACCUGCUCCAUCCGUAUCCCGGAGGCUGGAUGACGGUGCUGCACACCGAAGAAGACAGGGUCGGGUUUGAGGGCCCCAACGGCGGCGAGGGCCAGAAGGACCACGACGAGAACCUGCCGCCCCAAACAAAAAGGCGGACCAAGCCCUUCACCAGGCCUACGCUGCAGAACGACACGCUCUUCAUCUCGUCCAUCUCCAUCCCUUCCGACGCCGAGUUCAAGCCAGCCGCUAGCCCGACGAGGGAGAUCGCCAUGAUGCUCUGGAUCACCCUGUACUGGUACUUUCACCAACCGCCUCCGGACAGGGAACUGCACACGGCGGCCUCCAAGGACACGCCCGCUGGCGCGAAGCCCGUCGGCGAGUGGAGGAUUCGCAUCAAGAGGGACGGCGUGCUCCGCGGGAGGAAUCUAAUCCCCAAGCUGGAGAGGAUGGGGCUGAUUGCCUCCGAGGACACCGCCGUGGGAACCUGCGUCGACGACAGCGGCGACGGCUGGACCAACAUGUUUGUCUCGAAGCGCAUGUUCUGGCAGAUCCCGGCCAACUUGUUCCUGUUCACGCUGCAGCCCGUCCGGGGGCUUGACAUGCCCGGCUCCCCCAGCACGAGUCGCCCGGGCUCGCCCAUCAAGGACGAUACGGGGCGUUUGGACGUGCGUCCGAUGUACUCGCAGUCGCAAUCGCAGUCACAGUCGCAGACGCCGGCCCUCACACCCACGGGUGCCCUGACGCCCAGCGGCGGACAGCUGGCCGCCGAUGUGCCGGGCGCGCCGAUGCCGACGAGCGUCACGGCCGCACCGGCGUUCCCCAUCGGGCCGUACUUCUCCUCAUCCCAUCUGCCGACCUACUUCCCGCCGCCGCCGCUGCAGUACGUCUACACCGACGGCGCGCGCCACCCGUUGCGGCCCAAGCCCCCGCGGAUGGGGGAGGUCUUUUACACCCGCUUCAUCGACAGCCUGGGCCAGUACCUGUCGUUCCGGGUCGCCUCGGCCUCGGCCUCGCCAGUGCCCUACCUCGGGCCGCUGGGGCCCAACCCCCCGGAGCAGAGCCACCUGUCCUCCAUGAGCGACCGAGAUCUCCUCCAGUCGUGGUUCGCGAGCCAGCGGGUCAGGGACUUCUGGGGCAGCUACACCCCCGAAUUCCUCGAGACGGCCCUGUGCUCGCGGCACUCCUUCCCGGUGAUUGGCCUGUGGGACGGCGUCCCCUUUGGAUACUUUGAGCUGUACUGGGUCAAGGAGGACAUUCUCGGCCGCCACGUGGGCGACGAGGCGGGCGACUGGGACCGCGGCGUCCACAUCAUGGUUGGGGAGGAGUGGUCCAGGGGCAGGGUGGCCGCCUGGCUCACGAGCUUGGUGCACUACUGCUUCACGGCCGACCAGAGGACCAUGAAUGUGUGUCUGGAGCCGAGGGUCGAUAACCAGAGGGUGCUGCGACACUUGGACGCGUGCGGCUUCUCCAAGGAGAAACAGGUUGCGUUUCCUCACAAACAAGCUUGGUUCGUGAAGCUGCGGCGGGAAUUCUGGGACGGGCCAGCCCUGUAG